AUGGAUGCAAACGAUCUUUCGGUGUUACGAUCGAUCGUAAAAUUUGUGCGUAUCAGCAAGUUGUUGGAGGUAAAGGUUGUUCACGAGAUCAAUCCGAAUGUGGUGAAGGCGAUGCAGCAGUUCUUGGCGUCCAAUGAAGAAUUUCGCAACAUAUGGGUCGUCCCUAUGAAGAAUGAUGACGGACUAGCGAUUAUACGUGUUCAAUCUGGCGGCAAUGGACCGUUCUCGGUAGCAACGGAACAGAAGCUACAAAAAAUGGCUGAAAUUGCCAAAAGUUACGUUUCGGAACUUUUCCACGACCGCGUCAAUGUGAGACGGUUCACGAUGCCGGUAACUUGGAACUUUUGGUUUAUCGAUCAAAAUGUGGCUCAUCUGAAACGUGUUCCUCCGGACUGUGAGUAUGAUCCGGCGGUCUUGAAGCGACGUUUGAAGCUGCCAGCAAAUCAACACCUGAACACCCGUAGUGUGUUGCUCAGUUUGGCCGAUUCGAAGGUGUCUAUCGUCCACGGUACAGCAGAUAGUGGCAAACGCACGGAAAUCGUCCACCAUCUGCUGGAAAUUGCUUGCAUGCGGAAAUAUUCCUGCCGCAUGCUUUACGUGAUGGAAGAAGAGGUGGAAGUGAUCGCUACCGCUGUGCGUAUCUGCGAGGAACGGAACGAAUCGAUCGGUACUACAGUCGGUUAUAAGUUGUACAUAAAUUCUCAAGUUGGAGAAAUGAACAACGUGGUGCUCUCUACCAUCAAGACCCUGAUGCAUUCCUUUCUGAGCCAUGCGUUCGUAGGUAUUCUGAACAGGUUAACGCAUCUGAUUGUGGACUGUGGUGACCGACAUCCGAACGAGAUGAGUUUACUGCUUACUCUGGUUGUAACAAUUCAAAAAUCCUUCGCAAUGAAAUUGGUGCUGCUGUCCUCGCGAAAUGAUGAGCCUUCACCGUUCAGUGAGUUCUUUUCGUCGGAUACGCUAGUGGUGCGCAUACCUCAUGGCAACCCCACCGUCAACUAUUUGCCAAGCCAGCCGCACGGUGUAGAGUACUGCUAUUUGGACGAGAUUUUAGAUACCAUCUGCACUCAUGAACCGAUUUCAAAAAUGAAGGAGGCACUUCCUAAGACUGACAAUGCGCUGAUGCUGAUGGCGAACAUACAAUGUGCGUACGGCCAUUAUAGUCCCAAUCGAAAUGUGACAGCAAUCAUGGACUUGCUGCUUGAGCGGUGCUGGUUCGAUGAAGAUGCGGAACUGUUCACGGCGGUACUGUUACGGUUCCUGGAGUACAACAAGCAUAUGGUGGACUAUCAACAUUCGGACACUCGCUUGACUGCUCUCAUGAUCGCGAGUGCAAAAGGGUUCGUCGAUGUGAUUGAAAGACUCUUGACUUUGGGCGCCAACCCGUACAUAGUGGGAAGGAAAUCCCUCCAAGCUAUGAACUGGUGCUCCAAGGGCAGUGAUAAUGAAUGUUGGCAAAUGAUGCAUACGGCACACCGAAUGUACCACGACGAGGCUGCUAAGAGGUCACUUUUGUGUCAAAUUUAUCACAAACUGUACAAUCCGUUCCUCGUCGACCAGAAAUUAGUGGAGCAGACUGUAAAACAUAUCUGCAGCCAGUAUGCACCGGGAAACAUACUCGUGAUGUUGCCCGAUUUUGCUGACGUACUCGAGUGUUACGGCUUACUCCGACGCAGUGAGCUCGGAACACGGAAGACGUUCGUGCAUUUUGUGGUCUGCAAUCAAUUUCUUACCGAGAACGAGUUGAAAGAAAAUGUAUUGUUUUCGAUCCGUGAUAGGCCGGAGUUGUACGUGGUGAUUCUGGUAACGGGACCACUGUUGGAGUUGGUGUCGUCGCUGUUACACAUCGAUUAUGUAGUGGAUACCGGGCUAGAGGUACACCGUUCCGGCGAUUACGCCAAGGGUAUAUGCAUUGAUCGAUCAUGCUUAGCUACUGCGCAAAGAUCCCGCUUUCUGAUGUGGCUAGCACAGCGGAAAUGUUUCAUGCUCUACCCAAAGAACUAUUUACGGCGGGUAGGUGAAAGUUCUAAACCUACCACCAAAGCAGCGCCCAAUAUGGCACGAUCCGAGGAAGUACUGAAGGCUCUUGUGUUACGACAACACUUACCCAGGGCGAAGCGAUCUAACUCGGCGUUAGAAUUCGUUUGUUCCACUUUAUUCUCAACAUGUUCUAUAAGCAUCGCCGCUUCGUUGGAGACACUCAAACAAAUCGGAGCCAUAGAAAAGCCGCUAAGCGUACCGACCAGCUUGGGCAAGUUGCUUUUCCAGCUGGGCGUCAACGUUCAUCUGGGAAAGGCAUUGCUCUAUUCGAUUUUGUUUCGAUGUCUUGAUCCUAUGAUCACUAUUGUGGCCGCCUUGAAGGUGGGCGAUCCAUUCAUCGAACCGUUGGACUUGAAGAGAGAAGAGGAAAUAAGGUACCUAAAACUAACGUUGCAUAACCGCACCUAUAGCGAUUUGAUGGUACUAUUGCGCCUGUACCAGCAGUGGACUCAAUGUAUAACCAGCCAAACCGAUCAAAAAAUGGUCCAAUAUCAUCUUAAACCAGGAGCCAUGGAGGCAAUUUCCAAUGCGCGCGUGGAACUAAUGUCUUUGUUACGUCUUCUCGGGAUAGUAAAGUGUGGCCGUGAUCAUAACACCGAAAAGCUGAACUUUAACGCCAGCAAUUGGCAUAUGGUAAAGGGUUGCUUGGCGGCUGGCUUCUAUCCCCAGCUGGUCAUGGCGGAGUUUGAGAAGAAGCUGCUGACGGCUAAUUGUGGAACGGAGACCUUUAAACCCCAUCCUAUGUCGGUGGCACAAGUGGAUCAGCUACCAGCGAAAUGGGUAAUCUACAAUAGAAAGCAAGAUCACAUGCUAAACGUACCGAACAAUGCGAAGCAUGCUCACGUUCAGAUCAUAGAGAACACCGUCAUUUCCGAUGUUACGUUGCUGUUGAUGUGUGGCAUUGACAGAACCGAUACACUGCAAACCGGUAAUCUGCAAACUCGUGGAUGUGUCGACGGCAAGGGACCGGUUGAGUUCAUAAUCGAUCAUAAGUACUUGUUCCAGUUGCCGCGUGAAAUCUUCGAUGCGGUUCUGUUCAUGCGCCGCCGACUCGGACAGUUGUUUAAAGACUUUACUCUCAACAUGCUGAAAACGAUGGACCAAAGAGAAACCGACGAGUUGGUGGCGCACAUUGGGGACGUACUGUACGCGGAGGACUUAAGCUUAAUGCUCACGACCACUAACUUUGAGUCGCGUCCCAAAGUAAGGAACUUGUUGCCGAUGGGUGUUUUCUGGAAUUACACAUUAGAUAUGAUCAAACUGGCCCGGAAAUGA